AUGUUGCCCAAAAACAUGCCGGGCGCCACAGCAACCUUGAGCCUUGUGUUGAUGUGUGGAGCUCUGCUGAUUUGGCAAGACCAUUUGGAGCCAGGAUUGAACGCCGUUGAGUGGGAGCGCCGCUUGGGUGAAGUGGCAGACAACGCGGCAGUCCUGAAAGGGACAAAUGUCAGCCGUGCAAAUCUGACCCUGCGCGGAGCUGGACCUGUUGCACAACGAGCGAAGAUGGUUGCUCACAUCGCCAAGGAGGGUGCGAACAGCUCAAACUUCAGCAAGAACGUGACCAUUUCAGAUCCCAUGACUGUGAACAAGACCCUCACCCUACGUUCUGCUAUUUUUGACGACUCCCUCAGUGCCGUGGAUACGUUGCUUUCUUUGGGAGCAGACGUGUAUAAUGACGCGAUGCGACAGCACGAUGAAAUCGCAAACCAGAUUCCUUGUGAAAGGAUGAAAACCUGGUACUUUGAUCGCAUGGUGGACGGCCAAGAAAAGAUGUUCAAGCUUGAGAUGGACGCGCCAGGGAGAGUUGAAGACUGGAUUUCUGUGAGUGUCCGAAAAGACUCGAGGCUCCAGGGUCUGUCGCAGCCAUCUGUUGGAUUCGAGCUCAAGGCUGGGAAACACGUUUCGUGGUGGAAGGCCAUCACACUUCACCGAGGGGCAGAAUUCAACAGAAACCUAGUGUCUAUCGGCGGCUCUCAUAACCAGCCUUGGAAUCGUUUGACAGUUGUGGACAUUGCGAAGUACCACAUCGUACUCUCCAAAGCGGGCUUCCUGAACUUUGGGAGGAAUGUAUGGCUGUUGCAAGAUGCAUUGCAAAUGAAGGUAGGCCACACAUACACAUUUACAUGGCACUACGAUGUCCUCUGCUAUCCCGCUGAGUGUCCCUCAGAGCUCGUGCAGCGGUGA